ACAAGAGCUCGCAGAAAACAAUCCCUUUGGCAGAUACACGCUUUUCCGUCUCCGAAAUGGCUUUCAAGGCUUUCGUCUUCCUUUUCCUGGCUUUGCUCUUGUUCACAACUGGGAGUUCAACCGUGGCUCCAGCUCACCCACCAGAGAAACCUCCCACGGCAGUUCACCCGCCAGUUCACCCACCAGUGAAGGCUCCCAUUGGAGCACCCCCUGUCAAGCCCUAUGGAUGCGUGGCGAAGUGCGAGGAGCUCUGCAAGACGCACCGCAAGAAGAGGCCGUGCAUGACCCCAUGCACGGCAUGCUGCAAGAAGACCAACGAGUGCGUGCCCCAAGGUUAUACGAAGUGCCCUGGCUGGGACUACGUUUCCAUCCACGGAAAGAAAACCGCUUGCCCUUAUUAGCCAUCGCUUCAUGUUGUUUGGAUGUGGUCGUGGUUUUUUACUUCAUAUAUUGUGUUGUACUGGUACUUGGAGUUGCUUUGAUCAUGUAAUAAGUUCCAUAUGGAAGGACGAACAAUAAAAUAAGUGUAAAAC